UACAUUACAAAAUUGCAUCCUCCUUCUCUGAACUGUUUGAUCGGAGUUGUACGGAUUUGUGUGAAGUGUGUUGGCUUACUCUGACUUUUAUGAUCUAGCCCACGUUUCAUUUACACCGUGUUACCAUGUCGGUGGCGUUCGCACCUCACAGGCAGCGUGGAAAGGGUGACAUAACACCCGCUGGGAUACAAAAGUUGCUUGAUGAAAACAACCAGCUCAUACAGUGUAUAAUGGACUUUCAAAGCAAAGGCAAGACAGCAGAAUGUUCACAGUACCAGCAGAUGUUGCACAGAAAUCUUGUGUACCUGGCCACGAUAGCAGACUCAAAUCAGAACAUGCAGUCUUUACUCCCAGCUCCACCCACUCAAAAUAUGCCAAUGGGCCCCGGUGGGAUGAACCAGAGCGGCCCCCCUCCUCAGCCACCUCAUGGUCACAACAUGCCGUCUGAGGGGAUGGUAAGUGGCGGCCCUCCUGCCCCACACAUGCAGAACCAGAUGAAUGGACAGAUGCCUGGCCCAAAUCACAUGCCCAUGCAAGGCCCCGGUCCUGGGCCUAACCAGCCUCCCAACAUGCCGAGUGGCUCCAUGAACAUGCCCCCCAGCAGCCAUGGCUCUAUGGGCGGAUACAACCACACAGUGCCCUCCUCACAGGGCAUACCUGCACAGAGCCAGAUGAACAUGACCCAGGGACAGACCAUGGGCAACUAUGGCCCACGACCCAACAUGAACAUGCAGCCAAACCAAGGUCCUAUGAUGCACCAGCAGCCUCCUUCACAGCAGUACAACAUGCCCCCUGGUGGCGGAGGGCAACAUUACCAAGGGCAACAGAACCCCAUGGGCAUGAUGGGGCAGGUCAACCAGGGCAAUCAUGUCAUGAGCCAGAGACCAAUGCCCCCUUACAGACCCCCACAGCAAGGACCCCCUCAGCAGUAUCCGGGGCAGGAAGACUACUAUGGGGACCAGUACAGUCAUGCAGGACAGGGAGCAUCAGAAGGUAACGCGCAGUACGGCCAGCAGCAGGAGGCAUACCAGCAAGGCCCCCCACAGCAGCAGGGAUACCCCCCUCAACAGCAGUAUCCGGGUCAACAGGGCUACCCACCGCAACAACAAGGCUACGGUCCCUCCCAAAGCGGUCCAGGCCAGUAUCCGAACUAUCCUCAAGGGCAGGGGCAGCAGUAUGGGGGCUACCGGCCCCCUCAGCCUGGCCCCCCACAGGGACAACAGCAACGCCCAUACGGCUACGACCAGGGGCACAUGAGGAAAUAAAGACCAGAGAUUUGAACCCCCUGAGUAGCUCUGUUAAGAAGCAAAGGGCCAGUAUGGAAACUACCAGCAAUGAAAGAUUGUUACAGCAACCUUUUUAACCCUGGUUUACUGACAAGACUGAUUUCAACCGUUACACAUUGCCCCCUCCAUAUGGGACUCAUGCCUAUAAAAAUUCACCUGAUCAUGUAUUGUCAAGUCCCAUCUGUCUCAAAGAAGCAGCAAUGCCUUACAAAUGGAACUGCCUUAUUCUUGAGCAUUGCAUUGAUUGUGAAAUGGGCUUAACUAAAAUUCUGGAUAUCGUGUAAGAUGUUGAAAAUGACUCAUCUAUCGCGGUGCAUUCAUUGUCAGUCCUCGUCAAUAUGAAGCAAUAAUGCCAGCAGUAGGGAGACCUCUCCAAACCGUAUAAGGAACUUCCUGCGUCGCCAUGGUACACACACGUCUUGUUGUAUGUGAUUAUGUACAAAUAUAUUUUAUGCUUUUUAGAUCAAGCUAACUUUGUAUAAGACAGAACUAGUCCUAAAGAUGUGUUGUUGAUUUCAUAAAGGUGUAUGUGUCAAUGUUUUUUAUGACGACCCAUCCAGCACAUUUUGUUUCAUUUUUUUAAUGUUUUUUGUUCCCUUGUACAACUGUGGACUUGGAUCUAAUCAAUGGCGACAUGGACACUGUAAGAGUUUGUGUAAAAAUGGAUAAGAAAAAAAACAACAACUGAGAUACAGGGAAUGGCCCGACAAAAAAUCAUGAAGUUUGAAUACUAGCUAUGGAUAAAGCAUGCAGUGUGGUUAAAUCCUAUGUUUUUGUGUUAGUGGGAAUAGUCAAAAUUUAACCAUGGUAACAUUUUUUUUUACAUGAGAUAAAUUAUGAGAAAUAACACCCAACAAUAUAUAAUUAUUUUGCCACUACAGAAGGCUCUUUAUUUGAACAAGCACCUCACUCUUGUCCAUUGACUGCAAAGUGGUGAAUGGGGACGAUCACACUUCUAGAUGUUUCUUAUUUUGUUAGUCCUAAUGCUGACAAACUGUUUCAAUUCAAAUGCAUCUUACUUCACUCAAAUAGCGUUGUAUGUUAAUAUGAAGAUUGUUACUGUCCAAUAUGUAACAUAAAAUGUGAUAAUAAUGUUCUCCAAUGGGUUUGUUAAUUUGACAGUACCAGCGGUUGUGCAGUUUUAUAUCACUGGCUUGAUAUCUGUUUUAUGGAGCAUUCAUUAUUGAUCCCAUAUGCACAACAGCUGAAGGGGAGGAACUCACACUGUUUAUAUGGCUGUUGUAAUAUUUUGCAUCUGCACCCCAUUGAAGUGGUCACAUUUGGUGUUCUGGCAUUGUAUAACUGUACAUGAUAAUAAAUUGGAAGAAUCUUUAA